AUGCCCGACAAGAGAAUAGCCACCAUGUCACCCCGCCCCUUGAAACGUGCUCGGGUAUCUUAUGACGAAGAUGAUGAUGAAGCAUCUUCGGCGGCGUCUUAUGAGCGUCCCCGUCAGCAUCCCCUCUAUGGGCAGAAGAGCGCGUUUCCGGGUUUGGAUGAUGGAGGCGAUGGACUGCUGUACGAUGAUCCAGAGGAUGGAUUAGAAUAUCUACGCAUGGUUCGAUCCGAAGCAAACUCACUACCUGUGCUAUUUUCUGCGCCUACCCAGACAACAGACCCGUCAAAUCUAGCAUCGAACGCGCAACGUGAUCUAAAACCACUUGAUCCAAACAAUCCUCCUUUGCCAGCAGGCUUUUACGAGGACGAAGCCUAUAUUGCUCCUGUGGGGGAUCUGUACGAAGACAACGCCGCACAUUCCCCUUCAAAACUCGAUGAACUCUACCCCGAUGCGCAAAGAUCAUACAACAAUCUUCUCCGACAUCGAUUCCUCCUCUUGCGAUCGACCCUACGAUGCAGUCCACCCGCAGGUGCUAUCAAUACCCUCGACAAUGACCACCCUAUCAGCCUCCCCCGAAAGGCCGGGUCUGCGCACAAAACAUGGCGCCGGCUUUUGGUUACAGUCGAACCACUCAUGGUGCAACUGGCAAGCAUGGACAUGGACAGCGUGCUAGAAGUGCUGGAAAUACUAGCGCGGAUGAUGUCUGAUGUUGUGCGCGGUGACGACACCCAGCGCGUACGGCGCAUUGGAGCCUGGGCUUGGGGCUUGUUGGGGAAGUGCCGUGAGGUUGGACAACUUUCUACUCGAGAGGUGGGAGUUAUUCGAAAUCUAGGCAAACGAGCUGCGACGAUUUUGCGCAAGGUGCAAGAGCUAGAGAACGACGAGUAUGAGGAGGAGGUUGAUUCUUCUGUGGCAGACCUACCAAAAGAUGAAAUCCAGCAGGGUACUCUCGUUGAAGAUGAGAAAGAUGCCAAGGGAAAAGCUCAGCAGGGAUAUACAGUCCAGGACGAGGAAGCGACCAAGCAGGAAACUCAGCCGGAGGUUACAGUUCAGAAUGAGGAGGAAAGCAACCAAGAAUUGCCGAAGAGUGCGGAAGCAGAAGACAUUAGCAUGCCUGAUGCAUCGCUAGCACAAUUCGAGUUGGAGGCGGCCAAGACCCGCUUGCAAGCUCGGCUGCAGAACAAUUUCGACUCUGUUGAGACAUCUGCUAGCAGUGAAGAAGAAGAAGAUGACUGGUCGAUUCAGACCCAUGCCCUGCUCGACAUGAUCAUGACAGUGGUUGGUGAGUUCUUUGGUCAGCGGGAUCUGUUGGCUGAACGUGAGAUCUGGGAUUAA